UAUAUACAGCUGCAUAUUAGGGCUCAUUUCCUGUUCUGUUUUCCUGAGGAUAAAUUAUGAGUUGAAAAUGGUGAUCAUGUUGAUUGCACUGGUGGGCUACAAUGUUAUCCUUCUGCACACCCAUGGGCCCAUGCUGGAUGAGUACAGCAAAUUUAUGUAUGCAAUGGCACCUCUUAGAAGGCCAGGAAUACUGAAAGACCUGAAGACAAUGGGCUCAAUUUCCUUGUUUAUAUUCUUCGUCACAUUACUGGUUUUGGGUAGACAGAAUGAAUAUUACUGUAGGUUAGACUUCCUGUGGAAGAACAAGUUCAAAAAAGAGCGGGAAGAGAUUGAAACCAUGGAGAACCUCAAUCGGGUACUUCUGGAGAAUGUGCUUCCAGCCCACGUAGCUGAACACUUCUUGGCAAGAAACCUGAAGAAUGAGGAUCUAUAUCAUCAGUCAUAUGACUGUGUCUGUGUCAUGUUUGCCUCCGUUCCGGAUUUCAAGGAAUUUUACACGGAAUCUGAUGUUAAUAAAGAAGGCUUGGAAUGUCUCAGGCUGCUAAAUGAGAUCAUUGCUGACUUCGAUGAUUUAUUGUCAAAGCCAAAGUUCAGUGGAGUUGAAAAGAUAAAGACCAUUGGAAGCACUUACAUGGCAGCCACAGGACUGAGUGCUACACCCAACCAAGAACAGUGUCAGGAACCCGAACGACAGUAUAUGCAUAUAGGAACCAUGGUGGAGUUUGCAUUUGCCUUGGUGGCGAAACUGGAUGUCAUCAACAAGCAUUCGUUCAAUGACUUCAAGUUACGAGUAGGUAUCAACCAUGGACCUGUAAUAGCUGGAGUAAUUGGAGCUCAAAAACCACAGUAUGACAUCUGGGGCAAUACAGUAAAUGUGGCCAGCAGGAUGGACAGCACUGGUGUCUUAGAUAAAAUACAG